CAAAAAAUAAAAAUUCUUUGCAUAUAAUGUCAGAUAUAGAUUAGUGGAUUGAAACAUUAAAAAAUGGUGAGAAUCUAAAGGAAACAGAUGUUAAAAUAUUAUGCAACAAAGCAAAAGAUAUAUUAAAUAAUGAGGAUAAUGUAAUAAGAGUAGAAGCUCCAGUGACUGUAAAUAAAAAGUAUAUUUAGAUAUGUGGAGAUAUUCAUGGAUAAUUUUAUGACUUAAUGGAAUUAUUUAAAGUAGGUGGAGAUGUUCCAGAGACAAAUUAUUUAUUUUUAGGAGAUUUUGUAGAUAGAGGAUAUAAUAGUGUAGAGACAUUUUUAUUAUUAUUGGCAUUAAAAGUGAGAUAUCCAGAUUAGAUAACAUUGUAUAAAUAGAAUAUAUAUAAUAGAAUACGUGGAAAUCAUGAAUCAAGACAAAUAACAUAAGUUUAUGGAUUUUAUGAUGAAUGUCUAAGGAAAUAUAGUACUUUGAAUGUAUGGAAAUAUUGCACUGAAGUUUUUGAUUAUUUAGCAUUGGCAGCAGUUGUCAAUGAUAAUAUAUUCUGUGUACAUGGUGGUUUAAGUCCAUAUAUAAAAACAAUUGAUGAAAUUAGAGUCAUAAAUAGAAAAUAAGAAGUACCACAUGAAGGUGUGAUGUGUGAUUUAAUGUGGUCAGAUCCUGAUGGUAAUUAAUAAGAAAUUUGAUCUUCUAGAAAUUGAAGGAUGGAGUUAAAGUGCUAGAGGAGCAGGCUUUGUUUUUGGAGCAGAUGUUGUUAAAGAAUUUAAUCGUAGAAAUGGCAUUUCACUCAUCUGUAGAGCACAUUAAUUAGCUAUGGAAGGAUUUAAAUUAAUGUUUGAUAAUUCUUUAGUUACUGUUUGGUCUGCUCCUAAUUAUUGUUAUAGGUUAAUUAUUUAUCUUUUAUUUAUUCUAGAUGUGGUAAUGUUGCUUCUAUUCUUGAAUUAGAUGAAAAUCUAAAGAAAUAUUAUAAGCUAUUUGAAGCUGCUCCUAAUGAUAGAGCUACAAAUUCAAAAAAAGCUAUUGCAGACUAUUUCUUAUGAUCAUUUAAUAUUAAUUUAAAUAACAUAAAU